AUGCCGAACACCCCGGAGGAGUUCCGCACUUCGGACGCCCACCCUCUGCGCCCUCAGUUGACGCCGCGCACCUCGUUCAGCAGGCGCACCUCGGACCGCGCGGACGCGGCGGUGACUGGCUCCGCGGAGUACCUGAGGAGCGCGGAGAAGGUCGGGCCGACCGAGAUCUCCACGAUCCCGCUGUACAAGGACGUGCGGGGCAGCAUCACCGCGCAGGGCGUCGGGUCCGUCCUCUCGGGUCUCUCGACGGCGUGGGGCCUCACGCCGGACACCGGCGAAGGCAGCCUGUCCGGGGGCGCCAUCCUUAGCCUCACGCUGCCCACAGGCAGCAGUCCAGCGCGCUCCCUCGACGCCGCCCUCGGCCGGCUGCACUGCAGGGACUUCAUGACCAUCUACCGCAACAAGUUCUGCUGGUCCUCCCCCGCCUGGGGCUCCAAGGCCGCGGACCUGCCUCCGGAGACCCAAUUCCUCCUCGGCGAGCUACCCGCGGAGGAGAGCGGGGGGUCCUCCGAGCCGUGCCGCCCGACCUACGUCGUCCUCGUGCCCAUGCUCGACAGCGAGGCCUUCCGCGCGACGCUCAUCCCGCCCAGCAGCGCGUCCGCCCCCGUGGCAACAGAGCACGCCGCACGGCAAGGCAUUCGACCGAGCGCCAUGGCGCACGUGCGCAUCGAGAGCGGCGCGGGACACGACAAGGCCACGAGCUGGUCGUCGGUGAUGUACAUGGCCGCGGGGCAGGACCCCUUCGCGCUCACGGACGCCGCGGUCGCGCGCGCCGCGCGGCUCUCGGGCGGCGGCGCACCCCGCGUGGGGAAGCGGAUGCCGGCGUUCAUGGACUUGUUCGGGUGGUGCACGUGGGACGCGUUCUACAAGGACGUCAGCGCGGACGGCAUCCUGCGCGGCAUGGAGACGCUCCGCGCCUCGGGCGUCGCGCCGGGGUUCGUCAUCAUUGAUGACGGGUGGCAGCAGACGGCGCCGGACUUCGAGUACCGCACGCUGGACGCGACGGACUUCUCGAGCCCGAAGACGCCGAUGCGGAUCCCGCGCAACGCGGGCGCGGGCGCCCAGAGCGCCGGCGCGACGCAGUUCCAGGGCGAGGGCUGGGAGUACGCGCAGGACGACGGCGACAGCAAGCUGUCCGUGCAGAACAAGAGCGAGAAGAAGAAGAGGGGCGGGGACGCGCCCGCGGUCGUGUCGAUCGACCCGGAGAUGGCCACGCUGGACGAGGACACCAUGGAGGGGUCUCUCGCCGGCGGCGACGGCAGUCAGACUGUGGUGCAGCGUUUCAUGACGUCGGUGCUGAACCGGCUGUCCGGGUGGAUCUUCUGGACGUACCAGCAGCUGGUGGAGAACGCGCCGCCGAGCUCGCCGUUCGUGGGCCUGUGGCGCCGCAUCGCGCAGGGGGUGGGGCGUUUUGCGAUGAUUCAGUUCUACGCCGACAGGGGGGACUCCUGGCGCCUGAUCGGGCUGGAGGAGAACGUGAAGUUCGCGCGGGCGAAGGGCGCGCUCCUCGGGCCGUCGCCGGGCGGGCUCGACCUCCCCGACUCCCCCCCGGGGAGCCAGGUGGAGGACCCCCCCCGCAGCUCGGAGCCCGGGAACCCCGCGAACCGCACGAGCGCGGUGUCGGACGCGCGCGAGGCCGCGGCGGACGCCGAGGACCGCAAGCGCGGCAUCUCGAUGGACGGCGCGGCGUCGGCGGCGGCGGCGGACGCGGCAGCGGCGUCGUCCAUCACGCCCGCCGCGCCGUCGCCGAGCAAGCCGGCGCGCGCGAAGGACGCCGUGGGGCUCGCGGGGCUCGCACAGAUGCUCAAGCGGGACUUCGGGGUCAAGGAGGUGUGGGUUUGGCACGCGAUCAUGGGGUACUGGGGGGGUGUCGACCCGGAGACCCCCGAGGCGCGCGAGGCGCUCGGGGAGGUCGAGCUGACGUACGGCGAGGUCCCGCGCGGCCUCGACGAGGUCGAGCCCAACAUCGGGUGGUCGCACCUCUGUCUGUCGGGCGUCGGACUACCCAAGGACCCCUCCCGCCUUUACACCCCCCUGCACAAGUACCUCCGCGCCGCGGGCAUCGACGGCGUCAAGGUCGACGUCCAGUCCUCCAUCGGGGUCCUCGGCGGACCCAAGCGCUCCCUGCAGUGGCAGCGCGCGCUCGAGGCGUCGAUCGCCACCCACUUCCCGAACAACGCGUGCAUGAACUGCAUGUCCCUGAGCAGCGAGAACGUCCUCGCGUUCUCCGGCACCGCCGUCGCGCGCGCCUCGGACGACUUCUACCCGCGCGUCCUGCCCGCGGGGCUCCCGCACGUGGCGGCGUGCGCCUUCAACUCCAUGUACCUGGGCGCGAUCGUGCAGCCGGACUGGGACAUGUUCCACAGCGUGCACCCCGACGCGAAGCUGCACGCGACCGCGCGGGCCGUCUCCGGCGGCGCGAUCUACGUCUCGGACAAGCCCGGGAAGCACGACGCGAAGCUCCUGCGCUCGCUGGCGCUGUCCGACGGCACGGUGCUGCGCUGCCUCCUUCCGGGGCGCCCGACGCGGGACUGCCUGCUGAAGAACGUGCAGGAGGACGGGACGACCGCGCUGAAGGUUUGGAACGCGAACCUCUGCGGGGGCGUCGUUGCGGCGUUCAACGUGCAAGGCUCCAAGUGGGACCGGUUGCGGCGGCGGUUCACGUCGCUCGGGUACUCCCCGCCGACGGUCACCGCGAGCGUGCGCGCGUUCGACGUCGAGACGCUGCGCGGGGCGCCGCCCGCGGCGCGCUUCGCCGCUUACGUCGGGUCCACGGGCGAGCUCAAGCACGUGGGCGCCACGGAGAGCAUCGACAUCAAGCUCGCGCCCUCGCGGUCCGAGGUCGUGACGUUCGCGCCCGUCCUGCGCGUCAUGGCGCUCUCGGGCCCCGUGUCGUUCGCCCCGGUCGGGCUCGCCGGCAUGCUCAACACGGGCGGCGCCGUGCGCGCGGUGUCGCAGCCGAACGACCGGUCGGCGGUGGUCAAGGUGCGCGGGACCGGGACGUUCGUGAUGCACGCGUCGUGCCCGCCCGAGAGCGUCACGAUCAAGGGCCUAAAGGGGCACCAGGAGUGGCACAAGGUGGACCAGCGCCUCGAGGUGGUGCUGGCCGAGAAGGAGGCGGGGAAGCUCGAGGGGACGAUCGAGCUGCGGUGGUGA